AUGUUAUGGCCUCUGGUGAAGUUUGAGAGCAUUCGAACGAGUGGAUUGAUAGAUCCUUCACAAAGUGGUCAAUAUGGCUCCGGAAGAGGUUUCUUGGCCAUCCUUGAGUUUGGCUCGUUCGUUUUGUAUCUUCUCUGGAAAUGUGUUAUUGAAGCUCCAGGAAGUCUUUUCCAGCCGGAGGUUCGCGCCUAUGCCUUGAUUUGGUUUUGUCGGCCAUUGGUUGCACCGCGGACGACCGGAUGGGGCUCUUCUGUAUAUCUCCUGAAGGUGGUGCGCCUUUUCCUUGGGAUUGGGUAUUAUCCUCCUUUGAAACCUUCCUUAAACCUCCAUAGGUAUGAUGGUUGUGGUCGGCUAUAG